GCUGGAGUUAUUCUGCCGAGAAACAUUUGUGCUGAUUUUCUUUGAGUGACACGGAUGUAGCCCAGAGCGCCGAGGAUUUCAACGAGCAAUCCAUACCCACCAGCCAGCGAAUCUGCGGUUUUAACUGCAAUGGAGCAAGCCAUUUGGAGUAUUUUAAUUGGUUUUUGUUUCUCGCUCAUACUUCCUGCAGAUUUCCUAUAUAUAACUAAAGAUAAAGACUUACUUUUGGAGAAGAUAGAAGCAUACAGCCUUGUGACACCAAUCAGUACUGAUUCAAAGGGCAACUUUUUAUCCCAUGUAGUUUCAAAAAGUGAUAAAACACGUUUUCAGCGAGAUACUGAUCAUGUUAAUCAAGAGCAAGAAGACCAUAACAUUUAUUAUAAUGUCACAAUAUUUGGAAGGGAAUUUCAUCUAAGGUUAAGAAAGAAUUCAAAGCUAGUAGCACCUGGAGCAACAAUUGAAUGGGAAGAUGAUUCCAAUGUGACUAUAACAGAACCACUUCAUAGGAAUUGCCUCUAUGUUGGGGAUAUAACGGACCUGCCAAACGCUUCAGUUGCGAUAAGUAAUUGUGAUGGACUGGCUGGUAUGAUUCGUACAGAUGAGGAUGAAUUUUUCAUUGAGCCACUGGAAAAUGAGACGAAAGAAGAGGAAAUUGGUAGAACUCACAUUGUGUAUAGAAGGUCAGCUAUAAUAAAGGAUUUUCCUGGAAAUAACUCUGACUUUCAACAUUAUGAAGCUGGUAAACAUAACUAUAACCUCCUGGAAAAUAUACUGGAUAAUUUGGGAAAUGAAGUCAACGGCACAAGAAGAAGAAAUCGUAGGCAUGCAAGUGAUGAUGAUUACAAUAUUGAAGUUCUUCUUGGAGUAGAUGAUUCUGUUGUACGAUUCCAUGGAAAAGAAUAUGUACAAAAAUAUCUUUUGACACUUUUAAACAUUGUUAAUGAAAUCUACCACGAUGAGUCACUGGGUGCGCAUAUUAAUGUUGUGCUUGUAAGGAUUAUAAUGCUAAGUCAUGCUAAGUCUGCCAGUUUAAUUGAGAUUGGGAAUCCUUCCCAGAGUUUGGAAAAUGUCUGCCGAUGGGCAUACCUGCAACAGAAACCAGAUAGUCAACAUGCAGAAUAUCAUGAUCAUGCAAUAUUUCUUACCAGGCAGGAGUUUGGGCCAUCUGGCAUGCAAGGUUAUGCUCCAGUAACAGGAAUGUGCCAUCCUGUUCGAAGCUGCACACUGAAUCAUGAAGAUGGAUUUUCUUCAGCAUUUGUGGUGGCUCAUGAGACUGGUCAUGUCUUAGGUAUGGAACACGAUGGCCAAGGAAAUAGAUGUGGAGAUGAAGUCCGAAUGGGAAGUAUUAUGGCACCCCUUGUGCAAGCUGCAUUUCAUCGCUUUCAUUGGUCCCGGUGUAGCCAACAAGAACUAAGUCGUUAUUUAAAUUCAUAUGAUUGCUUACGUGAUGAUCCGUUUGCACAUGAUUGGCCUUCCCUUCCGCAAUUGCCUGGGAUACAAUAUUCUAUGAAUGAGCAAUGUCGUUUCGAUUUUGGUUUGGGCUACAUGAUGUGUACAGCUUUUCGAACAUUUGAUCCCUGCAAACAGCUUUGGUGUAGUCAUCCAGAUAAUCCUUAUUUCUGCAAGACAAAAAAGGGCCCCCCACUCGAUGGUACAAUGUGUGCAAAUGGAAAGCACUGCUUCAAGGGUCACUGCAUAUGGCUUACUCCAGAUAUCCUCAGGCAAGAUGGAAAUUGGGGCCAGUGGAGUAAAUUUGGUUCUUGUUCUAGGACUUGUGGUACAGGUGUGAGAUACCGAACACGCAGCUGUGACAAUCCACAUCCAGCCAAUGGAGGUCGUUCAUGUGCAGGACCAAGUUAUGAGCUACAGCUUUGUAAUACUGAAGACUGUGACAAAGAUUUUAUUGACUUCCGUGAGGAACAGUGCAAACAGUGGGAUCCAUACUUUGAAUAUCAGAAUACAAAACAUCAUUGGCUUCCAUAUGAGCAUCCUGACGAAAAAGAAAGAUGCCAUCUUUACUGUCAAUCAAAGGAAAUCGGUGAUGUUGUGUAUAUGAAGAGAGUGGCACAUGAUGGAACACUCUGCUCAUACAAAGACUCUCAUAGCAUUUGUGUUCGAGGUGAAUGUCUGAAAGUUGGUUGUGACAAAGUUAUUGGCUCAACAAAAAAAGAAGAUAAAUGUGGAGUAUGUGAUGGUGAUAACUCACAUUGCAAGAUUGUAAAAGGAACAUUCACAAGGACACCUAAGAAACAAGGACAUUUGAAGAUAUUUGAAAUUCCAUCAGGUGCACGCCAUUUACUCAUCCACGAAACUGAUGCAGCACCUCACGUCCUUGCAAUUCGAAAUCAAGCUACAGGAAAUUUCAUCCUGAAUGAUGACAAAGAAAACACCAUGCCGGAUUCAAAAGUAUUUGUUAAAAUGGGUAUUGAAUGGGAUUAUCACAAUGAUGACAGUCAAGAAACAAUUCAAACCAUUGGACCUCUGCGUGGUGCUAUCACUAUUCUUGUAAUUCCUCAUGGAAAUAUGAAAAUUUCAUUGACUUAUAAGUAUAUGAUACAUGAAGAUUAUUUAAAUGUACGCAACAAUAAUGUUGUAGAAACAUUUGAACCAGAAUAUGAAUGGGCUUUGAAAAAGUGGUCUCAUUGUUCCAAACCAUGUGGAGGAGGUUAUCAGUUUACAAAAUAUGGAUGUCGUAGAAAAGCUGACCAUAAGAUGGUACAUAAAAGUUUUUGCGAAUCUGUUCAAAAGUUAAAACCGAUUCGCAGAGUGUGCAAUUUACAGGAGUGUUCCCAACCAGUAUGGACUACAGGAGAAUGGGAGGCUUGUUCUGUGUCAUGUGGAAAAGCAGGUUAUCAAACCAGAACAGUCAGGUGCAUUCAACCUUUAAAUGACAAUACAAAUCGAUCUGUCCAUAGUAAAUAUUGCAGUGAAGAUCGCCCUGAAGCCAAAAGGCCUUGCAAUCGUCAACCUUGUCCUGCUCAAUGGAGAAUAGGUCCUUGGUCACAGUGUUCGGUUACAUGUUCCAAUGGUAUCCAGGAAAGGCAGGUAUUCUGUGGCACGGGAAAUAAUCAAAUCUGUAAAGAGACCAAACCAGAGACAGUGAGAAUUUGCAUCCAACCUCCAUGUUCCGGAAAUGCAUCUGAUCCCUUUAAGAAGAACUACAUAGUACAGUGGAAGUCUAGAAAGGAUUCAGAUUAUCCCACUCACAAAAAAUCUUCAAACUCAAGCUGUGUAGGAGAAAAGUCAAUCCUUUGUCGCCUGGAAGUUCUGGCUCGUUAUUGUUCAGUACCCGGUUACAGCAGAUUGUGUUGUAAAACAUGCAAUUCAUCCCAAAUUAUAAACACAAGUAAUGUUAAAAAUAAUAGCAUUGAGAAUAUUGCACUACCAGUUCCAACACCAAUAAAUAUUCCUAAUUCUACUUUGACACCGACUUCUGUUUACAACAUAAACAUUUCAAACAUCAAUGUAGCAGAAAAUCCAGAACACAUUAACAGAGUAGAUGUUCCAUAUAAAAUUAAUAAUUUAGACAAUGAAGUGCCAGAGCCGAAUAUCAUACCCCGAAGGAGCAUCCAAUUUGAAAAGACAAAGAACCAGAGAAUUCAACAGUUGAUUGCUGAGAAGAUCAAACAGGAAACAAUGAAGAAGUUAAAAUAACCAGUAUAUAGAACAUAUCCUGUUUUACUUUAUAGAAGAGAUCAACAUUUUUUCCAUCACAUAAUAUCUAGAUACAAUGAUGCUAUAGAAAAGUUCGAGAGUUUAUAACAAAUUGCUCAAUGUCGAAAACAUUACUAUGUCAUGCAAUCUAAAACAUUUGGAAACACUUCACAGUCAAUUAAAUAUCUCUUAUUUUUUUUUACAUAUGUAGCCACAUUUACAAUUCUAUUAAUUAAAUCAUGUUUUCUUACCAA